AUGGAGGAUAUCUUUAGUAACCCGGUCAUGGGCCCUUUGGAAAGCUUAGACCAUUUGAUCUCUGACCAUCUCUCUCCUUUGGAACAAGCAGAGCUUGAGGUCACCCCUAGCCAAGAUGAGAUUAGAAAAACAUUGUUCGCUAUGGGUCCCAUGAAGGCGCCGGGCCCUGAUGGUAUGUCUGUCCUUUUCUUCAAGCACUACUGGAAUGUUGUGGGAAAAGACUUUUGUGAUGCAGUGGAUGACUUUUUCCAGACGGGAAAUUUACACAAAGGGUUUAAUGUUACUAAUGUAACCCUCAUCCCUAAGUUGGUAAACCCUAAAUUGGUGUCCCAAUUUAGGCCAAUUUCCCUGUGCAAUGUUAUCUAUAAGGUAAUCUCCAAAAUUAUUGCGAACAGAAUUAAACCUGUGCUCCCGAGAUUGAUUUGCCCUACCCAAGCAGCGUUUGUUCCGGGAAGGAGUAUACAGGAUAAUAAUGUUUUAAUCCAAGAGAUUAUCCAUUCCUUUAAGAGAAAGAAAGGAAAAGAGGGUUUUUUUGCGAUUAAAAUUGACCUGGUAAAAGCUUAUGACAAGUUAAGCUGGUCUUUUGUUGAUCAUGUGCUUUCAAGCUUCAAAGCCCCUGAGAAGUUCCGUAUGUGGAUCCGUCAGUGCAUCACUACGACUUCUUUCAAUCUACUCCUCAAUGGUAGAAAGAUUAGUAGUUUUGUCCCAGAGUGUGGAAUACGACAAGGAGACCCCCUGUCUCCUUACAUUUUUAUUUGGGCAGCUGAUAUUCUUUCUCGACUUCUCCAGAAGGCCCUGAAUGAUGGAAUUAUUAAAGGUAUCAAGUUGAGCAGAGAAGGACCAAGAUUGUCUCAUCUGUUCUUUGCGGACGAUCUAAUUUUGGUGGGAAGGGCGAGUUUAGAUGAAGCUAGAAAGAUGUGGCAGUGUUUGGAAAAAUUUUGUGAUUGGUCUGGACAAAGAAUAAAUAAGCUCAAAACAUCCAUCUUCUUCAGCGGUAACACGAGCAACGGAAUGAAAAGGGCGAUCAAGCAGACACUGGGACUGAAGUGUGCAGUGGGUAAUAUCAAUUAUCUGGGCCUUCCGUUGUUUAGAACUCGCCAAAAAGAUGCUGACUUCAAUUUUAUUCUUGAUAACCUGGUUAAGAAAUUGCAUGGGUGGAAGUUGAAAUCGUUAUCUAAGGCAGGUCGUGCUACUUUGAUCAAAUCAGUAGGGCUUGCCUUACCUGUUUAUACUAUGCAGACGACCAAGCUUUCGAAAAAACUUGCCUUGCGAAUUGAUGGGAUGGUUAGAGAUUUUUGGUGGGGUCAUGAGCAAGGAAAUCGAGGUAUCUGCCUUAAAGCACAGGAUCGAUUAUGCCUUCCGAAAUCUCAUGGUGGCCUAGGGUUUAGGAAAACCGUAGAGAUGAACCAAGCCCUUUUGGCCAAAUGGGGAUGGGAUCUCCUCACUGAGAAUCAGUCCCUUUGUUGUCAGGUCCUAAGUGCAAAAUAUAUGAGGGGCAGAAAGUUUUUUGAUUGUACAAUUAGGAGUUCUGACUCCUGGUUCUGGAGAAAUGUUGUGCGUACAAAAGAAAUCUUGAAAAAGGGGGCUUGUAAACUAAUUGCGGAUGGGAGAGAUACUAGCAUUUGGAACGACCCUUGGAUCACCCAUGGGUGUACUUUAUUCCCGAAACCCAAUCAUAAUCCCCGAGGAGAGCCUGAAUUUGUGGCUGAACUACUUUUACCCGAUGGGAACUGGGACACCGUAAAGCUCGAUGAUCUCUUUGACAGGGAAACUGUUGGUAGUAUCUUAAAGGGUGGAAAACCAAAUUGUCAGGGUAAGGAUAGAUGGGUUUGGACAAGAGAUCCUAAGGGAGUGUUUUCAACUAAGUCUGCCUACCUCAUCCAAGCCUUGGGGAGAGCUCCUUUAGGGAAUGUAGCUCCGGCUAUGUGGAACAAACUGUGGAACUCUAAAAUUCUGGAACGUCAUAAAGUCCUUUGGUGGAGCAUCCUUUCUAAUGCUCUCCCCCUGAGGGCCCUACUUGCUAAGAGAAUGAAUAUUGAUGAGACUUCCUGCCCCAUUUGUGGGGUCGGGGAUGAGACUAUGGAACACCUAUUUCUCUACUGCAACUUUGCAUCCCACCUAUGGCGGGUCUCCCCGUGGGGUGUUAUGCCGGUUUUAGACUCUGGAGCCCGUAUGUGGGAUUGGGUUAGCUUUCUCUGGAACCUUAAAACUAGAGGGGUGGACACUGAUGAUUUGUUUCUUUAUGCUUCCAUAGUGGUUGACACGAUCUGGAGGGCUCGUAAUGACAAAGUCCAUAACAACACUAUGGGAAGCUUGAUUCAUUAUAUUGACUCUAUCUCUGGUUGUUACGCAGACUAUAGCUCCUGUUUGUCCAUGCCGCCUCAGGAUGUUGUUUCUUCUAUUUGGUCCCCCCCACCAGAGGAUUGGAUCAAAAUCAAUUGCGACGUCCGUGUCGGAGGUGAUUCUAUGUGUGUGGUGGCAAUUGCGAGGGAUCAUAAGGAGUCUAUCUUGUGGGUGGCUUCUAAGAUGCUUCAGUUUGCUGAUUCUCUUAUUGGGGAAGCGGCGGCCUGUUUAUUAGCUAUGGAGACGGCGGCCUCAAGGCAACAUCCUUUUGUUAUGGUGGAGAGCGAUUCGGAAAGUGUGAUCAAGAACCUAAAAGGUGGUGAAUCUUUAUGGGGGAUUGAGAACUAUACAAGACAAUCCCAUAAUGUGGCUAAUUGGGCAUUCGCCAACAAUAUUAACGGUAUGGUAGAGAUAUCUACUAUUCCGACUGCUAUCCUUACUGUUGCUAUUUUAGCCCAGAAAACUUGCUCCAAGUUAAAUGAUAAGUUUUUCAGUGAAGAAACUUGGGAUAUGUUUGGUGAUGAAGUUGAGAGGUUUAUAAGUAGUGAUUUGUCUGACUCUAAUUUUCAAAACUCAUCCAAUUUUACAACAAGCAAUGGGAAAUUGCAUCUCAAAAUUUCUCUUCAGUUUGAUGCUAUAUUUUCCAACUGCUAUCAAUCCACUGUUGCACAAGCUAGUUUUGUACAUAAACUUAAAGAAAAUCUUAAAGCUCUAGAGAAAGCUUUAGAAGAGUUAACAGAUGUGAAAAAUGAAUUAGUGAGGAGAGUCAAGAUUGCUGAGGAGGAGGACCAGUUGACAUGCCGUGAUACAGUUCAGAGGUGGAUUUCCAGGGCUGAAGCCAUGGAAACUGAAGCUCAAGCACUGCUGCAGAGAGGAUCUGAAGAAAGCAUCAGACUAUGCUUUUGGGGUUGCUGCUCAAACAACUAUAAAUCCAGCUAUAAAUAUGGGAAAAUGGUGCUGAGAAAGCUAGCUGAAGUUACUGAUCUUCCAAGUGAGGGGGUAUUUGAGGUGGUGGCUGAAAGGGGACCAAUACCGCUUGUGGUUGAAGUACCAGAUGAGCCGACAGUGGGCUUAGAUACAAUUUUCGAUCUUGUGUGGGAAGAACUCAAAGAUGAUGGUGUGAGAAUUAUGGGGUUAUAUGGGAUGGGAGGGGUAGGCAAAACCACCCUACUAAGAAAGAUCAACAACAAUUUCCUUAAUUCUGAAUAUGAUUAUCAUGUUAUAUGGGUAGAAUUUUCCUAUAUUGAUGCACUCCUUAAAAUGGAUAUAUUGAUGCACCCCUAUCUGUUUUAGCAUCCGAAAUAAUUUUUUAGUUAAAUUUUUUCUCAUUGUCAUGUACGUUAUAGUUUUUUAAGACCUCCUGCAAAAUUUUAAGUAAUUUGGAAAAGUUUAACAUGUAGAAAAUUAUGUUCAAACAGUGUGUUGCACGUGUGACUAUUUUAUUUUAUACGCGUGUAAAAUAGACUGUUUGAACAUUGUUUUCUAUAUUGUAAAUUAUUCCGAAUUUUUCUA